AUGGUAGGAUCUCGCGACUUAACUCAGCUUGCGAUGAUGUUACAAAAACAUAGGCUGAAAGCCUUCUGCAUGCUUCGGCUCUUCAAAGAAGGUCUGCAAUUAGACGCGAAAACCUGGAGAAGUUUGAGUGUGUGGGCAACUGGAUGCGUGAGGGUAUCAUUGUGCCCAAGUCUCACGGUGGCAGGGGCGUUGUUUCGAGCGUUGCUGUUGAACUUGGCGUUGAAACAGAGACAGAGGACUUCCUGGAUUAGGGAGAAGUCGGCACUGUUCAACGUCGCGAACUCGAUUUUGGCUUCAAUAUGCACCUGCAACAAUCUGGGGAAUGCCUUCAGGGUAUAUGACCUCCCCCCAGAUGCCGAAACCAUCAGGGAAGGAGGUCCUGUGUGGAGGCUGCUCGUUGUCGACGGCUCCUUUGCCUUUCGAGAACACUGUAUGAAACUCAAUAUCCUCGUUGACUUCUUGCUGCUGCACUUAAGGCAUAUCUUACAGCCUAUGGAUGUAGGCGUGUUUCAAUAUCUGAAGAAUGCACAUCAGAGGAAGCUUCGCGAGGCGUUGAGGAAGGGAAAGCUGACCCUUAACCGCCGUGGUUUUGCAGGAGCUCUUCAGGUAGGAGGCUCACAGCUUGACCUUCUCUCAAGAGCCCCUCAUUUCACAAUGUCUGAGCCGCCCAGUCGAGUCCAGGCGAGACAUCGAUGGGGCUGUCCACGACUGCCGGGCUAUUCUGCAGGAGGGCUGCACGGGCUCUUCGGCUCAGAUUAG